UGUUUUAUAGCAAAUUGUCCCCUUAAUAUUUAGUUGCGAGUUAAAUUAGAAAAAUACUAUAUUGAAUGUGCGUUGAUUAGGAAAGGAGACCUACAAUGAGCUGUAUUCAAGAUGCCAACGUUUCAGAUCGUUUUUUAUUGUAGAAAGAGCUGCAAAUAGCGCGUAUAUUACUGUGGAAUCUUGAACGCACCCCAAAAGAACGGAAGAAUAAUUUAUGUACACUCUUAUUAUACCUAAGUGAAUGUACAUCAUUUGAUGGCCCUAUGCAAAAGGAGCAGGCUAUCAUACACAAAUUAGACAGCUUGUGUUUCAACGGAAUCAAUCAAUUUAACCUUUGCAAUUAGUCAAGCCGGGGGUCGCCGACAGCUGAGCCGCAAUGGUGGAGAAGUCCGACCGGGCACCGCUGCUGGACUGGGAGGAGGUUCCUCCGGCGGAGAAGCCUGUUCCCACCGCAGAACAGGAGAAGGACGUCAAGGGGCCGAGCCCUGCCAACAGUCGGGCGUUGGGAUGCACUGCGCCGGGGAUAGGGUGGAGCACCAGUCCAGGGGGUCCUGGGUCUUUAACAGCAGCAGUCUCUAGCACAGACACAUCCCUUUCAUCCAGGAGCACGGUCCCCACCACUGCGGAAUGGGAUGCUCAGUGUCCCGACAAGGAUGACCUUACCCCGGCCUCAGGACAAGGAGAGGUGCCGCACGAUAUCAUGGUGAAAUGGGAGGAAAAGGAUCAGAUCGUGGCCGUGUUUGUGGUGACAUUUGAUACAAGAUCAGGUAACAUGUUAGAGUGGUGUCUGCCAGGGGACAUGAACCUGGAGGGAGUAGAGUUCAAGGCUAUGGCCAGCGGCUCCCACAGAGUCUCCAGCGACUUCAUAUACUUCCGUAAGGGAGGGUACUUUGGCCUGGCAUGCUUUGCCAACAUGGCGGUGGAGAGUGUGGUGGAGAGGGGUGCAAGAAUGAAGUCUGUCGGUAUCCUGUCAACCUCUUACACCCUGCUGUACCGAUACAUGAGCUUCCUGGAACACCAAGUCAGGCUCCAGUUGAAAACUCCUGGCCAGUACUCUCCUCUGGAGGCGUUCUUUGAGGAUAAGCGAUCAGUGCUUCCCCCCGACGGGGAGAGUGUGGUUACUGCAUGUCCUGGCAGUGCCUGGGAAGCAGCACUCACCCACUGUAUGCACCCUGAGAUGAAGAUCACCCACCCAGCUGGCUGCAUGUCUCAGUUCAUCCAGUUCUUUGGGGAGCAGAUUAUGGUCCUGUGGAAGUUAGCUCUGCUGAGGAGACGCAUCCUCAUCUUCUCUCCUCCACCUGUAGGGGUGGUCUGUUAUAGAGUGUACUGCUGCUGUUGCCUGGCCAACGUGUCCAUCCCGGGGGUGGGCGUGGCCGUGCCAGAGUUCCGCCCCUUCUUCUAUGUCAACGUGGCAGACAUCGAUACCCUGGAUACGGAACUGUCCUACGUAGCAUGCACCACAGAGAAGAUCUUUGAGGAGAAGCGGGACCUGUAUGACGUCUAUGUGGAUAACCAGAAUGUGAGGACGACCAGAGAGAGUCUGAAGCCUUUACUACGGCUCAGCGCUGCAGACAGAGAGAAGUACCGCAAACUCACUGAACAGAGGCAGAUGCUGUUAUAUUCUCAGGAGGAGAAUGGAGACUGUGUGUCCAGUGAAGAGGACCACUUCAUUCUGUUUUUCCUGGAGCAGAACAACCGCAUCUUCCAGAUGCUGAGUGAGGUUGCAGGGAGCCCUGAGCCCAUCCUAACCCAGGAGAGUGUGAGGGCCAUGGGGCUGGACCCUCACGGAGACAGGCUCUUCCUGCUCCACCUGCUGGAGACAUACGGCUAUGACAGCCUCCUUGUCACUGAUCAACCUUGCUGCAGCUGAGGCCUGGGUGGCACACUGACUGACCUACAGGGUCCUUAACACUCACAGACUCAAUGCAGACAGUCUGGACUAUGAGAGGUCAGAAUACUUUGGCAAGGCUUAGACCAGGGCCUGUAUUCAUAAAGCGUCUCAGUUGGAGUGCUGAUCUCGGAUCCGUUUAGCCUUUUAGAGCUCAUUGAAUAAGACUUACAUGGACAGGGGGGACCUGAUCCUAGAUCAGCAUUCCUACUGUGAGACACUUUAUGAAUAUGGGGCCAAAUAGCCAGAGACCCUCAGGCCAAAAAAACCGAAUGAAUGGAGAGAGCCACUGAACAAGAAAAGACUAAUGGAAUUUGGCUCUUGGCACUGUCCUAUGACAUUCAUGGACGCUCAAUCUGGAUUGUUAACCAUCACCUUCCUGUCUGUCAAUAAAAUGUACAGCACAGAGGAAUGCCAUUCAUGUCUAUCCCUAACACUCUUAUUCUGGAGGAGUGGAGCCAACAAGAAACAUCCUGGAACUCUGGAGAUUCUGUGCCUAUGAGCAGAACUUACCAAGGAAGUAAUCCUUAGGUUUCCUUUGUUUUCAAAUGGGGAGUCAAUCUAAAGUAUGUGGUAAUGUCCUAGAACUGAGGGAGGAUUUGUCACUUCUCUUAAUAGGACAUCUAUUUAUUUAUGUUUUUGAGAGAAUAAAUCACCAAACUGUUGUCUGUAAAUAGAAAGGGAUCUGUAGAAUGUGUUUUGUUAUGAAAUGAUCCCAUUAAGUCACUACUAAGCCCAGAACCUCUGUGGUCAGCAUUGUAUAGAAAUGACCCUCAACACCAUCCAUAAUCAUGAUACUAAGGACAUGAUACUAAGGGCCCGAUUCAAUCCGUAGUGCUGAAGAUCCGCGCUACAGUGCGAUAUACAUUUAAAGCAAUGUUUACGCGUUCGCGGAGACUACAUUCACAGUAAAUGCUUCAUAUGUCGGCUCAUUCGGAAAUGAACUACAUUUAAAUCGCGCAACUGCCGUGAUACGGCGGACUGAAUCAAGCCCUAAGUACACAAUACUAGUUCACACGUGGAUUUGGUUUCUGGUGAAAGAGGGGUCUGGACUCACCAGCAGACUUUCUUAUGAUGUCCAACAUAGGAAUGUAACAACUUUAUAUGACUUUAAAAAUGUACUUUUAAUCACAGCCGUUUGACCAAGAGGUUGUGGGCUCAAAUCUAAACGUAUGCUUUUGUGUGUUUCCGCAACUCGCUAUGUCAAAUAUAUGAAGAGUGAAAAAUGUGAAUGAGCUGGUGGCUCAAUGGUUAAAUCCCUUCCUUCAGACCAAGAGGUUGUAUGUUCGAACCUAAUUUCUUAUACUAUUGUGUACGUUUCAGCAACUCUCGAUGUCAAACAUACAAAGAGUAUGGUAUAAAAUGUGAAUGAGGUGGUGGUGCAAUAGUUACAUUACUGCCUUGAGACCAAGAGGUUCUAGCUUCAAACCUCAUCUAUUCAGCUUUUGUGUAUGUUUCCGCAACUCUCAAAUGUCAAACAUACAAAGAGAAGGGUAUACAAUGUGAUGGAGGUGGUGGUGUAGUGGUUCAAUCUCUACCUCAAAGCUUAGGAGGUUGUGGUUUCAAAUCUAAUUUAUUCUGCUUUUGUGUGUGUUUCUUCAACUCUAAAAACUGUCUCCAUUUCUGUUGGUUUAAAUUGUAUUGCGCCUCUGCAAUUCUAACUUUCAGAAAUACAAAGAAAAGCAGAUGUACAGUAAAGGACCAGUAGAGGCUGUUGAGGGGAGGAUGGCUCAUAAUAAUGGCUGGAAUGGAGUGAAUGGAAUCAAACACAUGGAAACAAUGUGU